GCAGCCAUUGUUUGUUUUGUUCCUCUGUACUGAAUUUCCAUCACCCAAAAACACCCUAAUCUGUUCUGUCUCUGCUAUAUUUCUAGUGAUGAAACUCAUCAAACAAAUCUUAGCCUUUUAUCUUCCUAUAUACAUCUUCCCGUGACCACUGUACCUAAAACCCUCUUUCUCUCUCUUUGUUCAGAUUUCAUUUUUUUUGGGGUUUAUAUAUAUUUAUACAUAUGCCAAACCCCAAAACCCUUCUAAAUUCCUUUAUUUAAAUACCUCCUUUUCUAUACUUAGAUAUUUCUCUAACAAAAUCCCAUCUUUCAAAGUGUUUCUUGAAUUCAGUGCUUUCUUCUUCUUAGCUCAUUUCUUUGCCAUAGGGCAAAUCCAAACUAUAUUCUUUUGGGAUUGUUUAUCUUUACUUCAUUUGUUUUGUUUUUGGUAAGUUGAAAGCUAAUAAUUUUCUAAUGUUUUUGGUAGAUUCUUGGACUAAGUAUAGAGGAAACUAGUUGUGAAAACUGGAAAGUGUUUUUAGCUCAUGGACUUUUUUUUUCUUUUUUUUUUUUAAUAAUAAUGUUUUGGGAAGUUUGGUUUAUAGUGAAAAAAAAGCAAUAGUAAUACUUUUUUAGGGUGUAGAGCGUCUUUUGUUGUACUGCUUUUUUGGUCCAUCAACCAUACAAACAACACUACUUGCUUGGAAAACUUCACCAAAACCAAUACAUUCUUGCCAUUUGGUUCUUCCUCAAGAUUCUUCUUUGUUCUUUCCCAAUUAGGAAACUCAUUUCUAAAUUGCAGGCCUAUUGAAUUGCUUGAAUGGGGUUUUCAAGAAUUCAUCAUUGAGUUUCAAGAAUUGUCAUUUGUUUCAAUUCUUGAAUUUCUUCUCUGUUUGUUUUUUCCUCUGUUUCUAUUUUUAGCACACAAUGUCUUCUUAUAUAACUACUGGUGGAAGGGCAGCUUAUAAAUUAGAUUUAGACAUUAUAAAAUCUCCAUCUACUUCAUGGACAUCACAAUCAUCUUCACCUUCAUCAACACUUUCAGAAUCAAGCAAUUCUCCUAUUGCAAUUUCAACACGAAAACCUCGAACACCUCGAAAAAGGCCUAACCAAACAUAUAAUGAAGCUGCAGCACUAUUAUCUACAGCAUAUCCUAAAAUAUUCAACACAAAACACCUUACUAAGCCUUGCAAAUUCACUAAGCCACACUACCCUUUCUCUUAUGAGUCAUCAGACUUGGUUGUGCCUUAUCAAAUCGUCGAAAACUCGGGUUUUUUGCUUCAUCCACCCUUGGUAGAAAAAACAAAUUGUCCAAUUGAGAACAAGUCAUUGAGUUGUUGUGAAAAAACAUGUCAAAGUCCAGGUGAAAUUGACUCAAAAGGGAGUAGUUUAUUAGAUGUUUGUGAUGAAUUUCAAGAAGAUUUUGAUGCUGAGUCAAUCUUGGAUGAGGAAAUUGAAGAAGAUGUUAUUGAUAAUAUUAUGGGGAAGCUAAAUGUUGAGAAUAAUGAGUCCUCCAAUUUAAGUUAUAGUAAGUGCCACCAAAAUAAUUAUGUUGGUGGCACUUGUUAUGGUUUUCCAAUAGGAUUAGGAUUUGAAAAUGGAUACCAACAAUAUGAUUUUGGUAUAAGAAGUGGAGUGAGACCAUUGAGAAAUGUUGAUGAUGGUGGUGAUUGGUGGAGGUAUCCUAGUGUAAAUGUCGUGGACAUUACACCAAAAUUUAACAAACCGCCACAGGUUGGAAAGAAGAAAAAGAAAGUUGAAAAAUCCUUAGUGGAGCUGAGGGGGAGUACUGAAUCAUCAUCAGCUAAAGAUAAUUCAAUUCCAAAGAGGACAAAUAAGGAUAAUUCGAGUCAAUUGAUUAAAGAGGAGGUUGAUAACGUUCCAAAACAGAAAUCAGAGUUGUUACUGAAAUUAAACUUCGACGAUGUUUUAAAUGCAUGGUCCGAUAAGGAAUCGCCAUUUGCUGAUGACAUGCCUGGAUCGGAGGUUGCUGGAAAUGAUGUCCAAGCCAGAUUAGCACAAAUAGACUUAUUCUCAGAGAAUGGAGGAAUUAGAGAGGCUAGUGUGUUACGUUACAAAGAAAAACGACGUACACGUUUGUUCUCGAAAAAAAUUAGAUACCAAGUAAGAAAAGUCAACGCUGAUCGACGACCCAGAAUGAAGGUACUGUUAUUAUGAAGAAAUCAACUUAUAUACGUUGACAAUGGUAGGUUUGUGAAAAGCCCAAAUUCACAAGAGGAUGAGCUAGGAUGAACAACUUUUGUUUCACAUUAGAGUCAAUGAUUUUUAAUAGAAUUAUUAGGAUCUUUUUUUCCUUCUCUUUUUGGGUAUUUGCAGUUUUGUUUCUUCUAUUUCACCAUUUUUCCUUUUUUAACGUUUCUUCUGCACUUGUUACAUUUUGAAUAAAUUACCAAGGAAGAUAGAAUAUAGUUGAGAACAAGGAAUAUGAAGCAGAAUAGUUGAAUUU